AUGAAUGUUGUCUACGAGGAGUCGGCCACGAAAGCCACCGCACAGAAGGCACAGCGUGAGCUGGAGUCGCAGCUGGCCGAGAUUCAAGAGGAUCUCGAGGCAGAGAAGGUGGCGCGCAGCAAGGCCGAGAAACUGCGACGCGAACUGGCCAAGGAACUCGAAGAGGGCAAGGAGCGACUCAACAAGGAUAUUGAGGCGCUGGAGCGACAGGUCAAGGAGCUGAUGGCGCAAAACGAUCGCCUGGACAAGAGCAAAAAGAAGAUCCAAUCAGAGCUGGAGGAUGCGAUCAUUGAGAUGGAAGCACAGCGCACCAAGGUGCUCGAACUAGAAAAGAAGCAGAAGAACUUCGACAAGAUUCUCGCCGAGGAGAAAGCCAUAUCAGAGCAGAUCGCCCAGGAGCGCGACACCGCCGAGCGUGAGGCACGCGAAAAGGAAACUGUAGAAUCAAAUCAGUUAAUGGAAACAAUGAUUGGCAAUUUCAAUGCGAUGAAGAAAACAGCUGAGUACCCAAUUCAACUCAAGAUCGUGCCGGAUGCCAACAUUAUGCUUUUUCGGCAGGCACCCAGUCGAAUUGCUGUUAGCGAGGCUGAAGCAGUAAAACAUCAAAUCAAUGAGUGGCUGGAUACAGGCGUAAUUCGGCAGUCCACAUCUAAUUUUGCUAGCCGCCUAGUUGUUGUCAAAAAGAUGGAUGUAACGACCAAGCAGUAUAAACACAUUUUUGCAAUUGUGGAUGGCUUCACAAAAUUUGUCUGGUUGUAUCCAACUAAAACCACGAGCAGUGAGGAAGUUCUGCAGAAGCUGAGGAAUUGGUCCGACGUUUUCGGAAAUCCUUGCCGAAUCAUUAGCGAUCGUGGAUCGGCAUUUACUUCAGCUGCAUUUGAGUCGUAUGUUAAGGAGAAUGGAAUCGAACACAUUUGGAGCACCACCGGAGUCCCAAGAGGAAACGGCCAAGUCGAACGCGUUAAUCGCUCAAUUUUAUCCAUAAUCUCAAAGCUGUCUGCAGAUAAGCCCGACAAAUGGUUUAAGUUUGUACCAAAGGUGCAGCGAGUCAUCAAUGGUACCACGCACAAGUCAACGAAACGCUCACCAUUCGAACUUAUGUUUGGCGUUAAGAUGAGAAAUGAUGCCGAUUGCAGAAUUCUACAGAUGCUAGAUGACGAAAUGUACAACAGUUUCGACGAGGAGCGACAGAAGACUCGGCAAGAAGCGAAAGAUGAAAUACAGCAUGCGCAGGAUAACUACAAAAAAGCGUUUGAUAAAACAGGAAGAAUGAACAUGGCUAUAAGCUGGGAGAUCUCGUUGCCAUUCGCCGUACGCAGUUUGUGGCUGGUAGGAAACUAG